AUGGUUUCCAUCGACCAUGUUACCCACAAGAUACUGACUUACUUCCCAUAUGUUCUUGUGUUGAUGGACAUGCGAUAUGAGGGAGUGAAAUGUGGGAAGGAUGGCAGUGUCGACAAUCACAUGGAAAUGGGGAAGAAAUUACUUGCUGCUGGACAGCUGGCUGAUGCUCUCUCUCAUUUCCACGCUGCUGUGGAUGGAGAUCCCAAGAACUAUAUGGCCUACUACAGGAGGGCUACAGUAUUUCUAGCAAUGGGAAAGUCAAAGUCUGCCCUGCCAGACCUGAGCAGAGUCAUUGAACUCAAACCAGACUUCACAUCGGCUCGUCUUCAAAGAGGAAAGCUUCUUCUGAAGCAGGGAAGGCUGGAUGAAGCAGAGAGUGACUUCAAGAAGGUGCUCAAAUCCAACCACUCUGACAAGGAAGAGAAAGAAGCUACGAGCCAGCUGGCGAAGUCCGAUGAGCUUCAGCGGUUGGUGGCCCAGGCACAACAGAGCUACAGCAGCAAAGACUACGCGACAGCUGCCGCCCAGCUGGAUGCUAUAAUUGAGACCUGCGUUUGGGAUGUGACCUCUCGUGAGAUGCGGGCGGAGUGCUUCAUUCAGAUGGGUGAGAUGGGGAAGGCCAUCAGCGACCUCAAAGCUUUGUCCAAGCUGAAGAAUGACAACACGCAGGCUUUCUACAGGCUCAGCACCAUCUACUAUAACCUCGGAGACCACGAGAUGUCACUCAAUGAGGUACGCGAGUGCCUGAAGCUGGAUCCGGAUCACAAGGAGUGUUUCAGCCACUACAAACAGGUUAAGAAGGUCAACAAACAAAUCCAGUCUGCAGAGGAGCUCAUCCGAGAGCAGAGGUAUGAAGAUGCAGUGAGUAAAUAUGAGGCUGUGAUCAAGACUGAGCCCAACGUUCGUCAGUUCUCCCUUCUAGCCAAGGAGAGAAUCUGCCACGCACUGUCACAGGCUCAGCAGGGGAGCAGGGCUGUCUCAGUGUGCAGCGAAGUCCUCCAGUCAGAUCCGGAGAAUGUAAACAUGCUGAAAGACAGAGCUGAGGCCUACGUUCAAGAUGAACAAUAUGAGGAAGCCAUUAAAGACUAUGAAAACGCUGCAAAGCACAGCGAGAAUGACCAUCAGAUCAAAGAAGGUCUGGAAAGAGCCCAGCGACUUCUUAAACAGUCACAAAGGAGGGAUUAUUAUAAGAUUCUCGGCGUAAAGAGAACCGCCCAGAAGAAAGAGAUUAUCCGCGCCUACAGGAAGUUAGCACAGCAGUGGCACCCUGACAACUUCCAGGACCCAGAGGAGAAGAAGAAGGCAGAGAAGAAGUUCAUAGACAUUGCUCAGGCUAAAGAGGUUCUCACCGAUCCAGAAAUGAGAACCAAGUUUGACCACGGAGAAGACCCAAUGGAUCCAGAGAGCCAGCAAGGUCAUCAUCACCCCUUUAACGGAGGUUUUCACGGAUUCCAGGGUUUCAAUCCAUUUGGCUCCGGACCCUUUAACUUUAAAUUUAACUUCAACUGAGAAGUCUCAUCAACAAGCACAACUAGAACGGACUUCUGUAUCUGCCUCCCUACUUGAAAGAGAGGUUGCUGACCCAGUGACUUUCAUUAAAAACCAUCUCAGUUGUUGAAUAAUGCAACUUCAGAAGCGACUGGGCUGGAUUGUCUUAUUUGUAAUCUGCCUUGUUUGAACCGGCUUUUCUGUCAUCAGUAACUCAAUGCUGAUGUUUGGAUUGUUUCCUCAUGUUGCAUCCUCUGCAGUUCACAUCAACCCUGAUUAAAUUUGUUCAAAACGACACUAUUUUUAUAUGAAUAAUUUUUGCUGAACUGUAAAUAAAGAAGCUAUUUAUGUACAUGAA